UUGAUGUUGUAAAAAAGAAUAAUAAAUUUUUCUUUUAAUUACCAGAUAAAAAAAAUAAAGAAAAAAAGAUAUUUUAGGUUAAUAUCGAUUAAUUGGGUGUGGAAGAUACAAUUGAUAACUUUUUAUUAAUUGUUAAUUACAUUCAAAUAGAAAUAAAUUAUUUUUGCCAUUAAGAUAAGAUUCAACUCAGAAAUAAAAACGAUAUUUUUGGCAAAAUAGAGAUUGAAUUAUUACAAGAAUUACAAUCUGAAUUGCGAACUAUUUCAGGUGAAUUGUUAUUAGGUUAAGAAUAUCUUUAAAUAAAAAUUUUUGAUAAAAUUUAUGAUAUUGUGA